UGCAACACAAAUGAUAUGGUUGUCGGUAAGGUUGAUCUUCUGCAUAGAUGAUGGCGAAUCGUAAAAAAAGUAAUGAAUUGUCUCGACCUGUAUCAAGAAACGUAAGGCGUCAUGUCGGAGAAGUCAUGUUUCCGUCAUCUUCAUCUUCCGAAGAAGAGAUAACGACAGGAUGUCGAGGUUGUAGAAACAUGUCAAAAGAGCAAUUUGUUAAAAAUCGUACCGAGAGGGGAUCUCAAGCAGGACAAGACGCAUCACGAAGCGAAGAGAAUCCUUUUAGUUUUAAACAUUUUUUAAAAAAUGGUUCACGAUCGAAUUAUCACAAUGUUGGGGCACGUCCAAAGAUUUAUUCUUCUCCAACACCAAGUCCAUUUAAUUUAGAAAAAGAUUCUACAGUUUAUCCUCGUAAUCCAACUGAAUUACCCGAUUUUGUACAAGAUCAUUUGGUCAUAGAACAAUAUUAUUUGAAUCAGGAACAAAAGCAACAGACUAUUUCAGAUGUUGAUAAUCUUCCUGAUUUUGCAUUAAACAGCGUAGAGCAAAGGCAAAAUAGACUUAGAAAUGAGUCAAAGAAAAGUGAGUCCAGUGCUUCAUGUGACCUUCCAUUUGAUUUAACUGGAAGCAUAGAUAAAGGGUUAUCUAAUAGGAAUCAAUCAGUACCAAAUAUAAGUUCUGCUCAUUUAAAUUUACCUGCCUUUGUUAAAUCUAGUGUAGACUCUAUUGAACAUCCAGAAUCGUCAGGUAGUUGUAGAAUGUCUUAUUACAUUAUUUCAACUACAAUCAAUUUUAUACUUAUACUUGAUCAUCAUUUAGGGUUUCCAUUAGAUUUACCUAUACCUGUAUCUGAGUCUCAUCCUGGUUCAAAUAUUACUUCGAGAGACUGUUCUGGAACAAAUGAAGCAAAUAUUCCAAAAUCUUUACCAGAUUUUUUAAAUGAUGGCCCUAUUCAUAAUAGGACAACAUUGUCAGGAGAGUCUGGAUCUAUUCCAAAUAGUGUAGAGCCAACAGAAAGGAGGUUACUAUUAGAAAAUGAAAGAUUACGUUAUGAGUUAGAACUAGCUCAAAAACAAAUCAGUGAAAAAUCAGAAAGAAUCCAAUUAUUAGAAUCGGAAUUGACAUCUAGGAGAACAGUGGAACAUGAGGAAACAGUUCAUCUUGAGAAAGCCAUGGAACAAGUGGAGGAUAAUUUGAAACGUAGUACAAGAAGAGCGGUGAAUGCUGAAAGUACUGUUUCAUCAUUAAAAAAGGAAAUCAAGUCGUUAACGACAGAACUAUCAUUGCUACGAUUAGAAAAUACGGAAUUAAAAGCUGGACUUACAGCGGGAAAUAGAAACGAAUGUGGUUCUUCAAAUGUUGAUCGAACAGUAAAAAGACUAGCUAGUGACUUGAGAAGUGCUGCUUCAUCAGCAGAAGUAUCAUUAAGGCAAUUGAUGUCCGGAGUGGACAAUUUAAGAGUACUAGCUUCUGCACUUGAGAAUGUAGAUAGGAUAGAAGACCGGACCAAAGAUUUUUUACCGGAUUUUGACGAAGAUAAUGCUGCUGGUCCUGCACUUUAAUACAUUUUUAUGUAUCCUUCUUUCUGUAUAUUAUCCUUAUUUAAUUUCCAUGGUGUAUCUCCCAGCCUGUGCUAAUAAGUUCCUGGAACUCGCGCGUUUAUGUUAAGCACAUUUUAGAGAUGAUUAAAUCUAUAAACCAUUCUGAAUAUAAUUUUAACUUCCGGUAACAAGUGUGAGUAAGAUAGUAGCCUAAACUGGUUCCAAACAAAAAAAGAACUAAGGAUUUUAACUCCUAUAUUUACACUCGAGAAAUCGUUUGCUAUAAAGCCAUAAAGUAAAGCACUGGGUGGGAUUUAAGUUAUGAUUCCAACACAGUUGUUAACAAACAAUAUUUUAAUAGUUAUAAUGACAAUGUUACGUGUACAGUUUCAGAUUACAUAUUUCAUUUCUUUGUAAAUGUUUAAACUUUCAGCUAAACAAUUAGAUUUGAAGCAGACCAGAUCUUCUAUGUAUUUUUCUAUUUAAGGGGAUACAUAGUCCUCUUAAACAAGGUUGUAAUUAUACAAAUCGAGGAACAGAUGUGUUUUUCUAAAUAGUGUAGUAACAAUACAUGUAUACAAAAGAUCAAGUUCUUAAAAAGUUGCCUUCGUAUGUGAGACACGAACGACUUCAAAUAUUUAAAUUUAAAGGUUACACGGCUAUUUACAUGUAUUAAACCAUAAAUUGCAUUGAAAAUUUCUAAAACCCAUAUUCUAAUACUAUAAUAAAGUAUUUUAUAUCUUCAUAA